ACAGCCGAAUAGAAUUAAAUAUGAAAUACCUCGUUGUCCUCGCCCUGAUCGUCGUAUCCUCGGCCGCCUUCAUCAAGCCUGCUCCCGUCAGCGCAGAGCAUGCAGAACUCCAGGCUAUCAUCGACGCCAUCAAUAGUCCCAGCACCGACCCCGCUACCGCUGCCGCCCUCACUGAAAUGCUCUACAGCUUUCUCGGAGUCAGUCCCCAGCCCAUCCACAUUGGACCGGAAAUUAUCGACUUCCCUCUCCCAGACGGUGGUGCUGUGAGCGCACCCGUGAAGCCCACUCCCUCUCCUGCCGUUGUCGGACCCGCCGCUCCCAGCCAGAGCUCUCCUCUUGUGCAGCUCGUUGUGAACAUCAACCAAGCCGCCGUCGGACCUGCUCCCGGACCAGUUGUUGAGCCCGUUGAGAUCGUCCCAGAGCCCGUCAUUAUCGUCGAAGAAGCUGAGGUUCCCGAAAUCAAACCCGACCCCGUGAUCAUUGUUGAACCCACACCCGUGGUCCCCGAGCCCGUCAUCGUUGCACCUAUCAACCCCAUCCCCGUCGCCCCCGUUAUCAUUGGCACACCCAUCAUUCCCGCACCUGCUGUCACCCUCCCCGAAGAGCUCAACUAAAUUAUUCGAUAAACUGCUGAUUUUGUUAUAAUAAAUAUUGAGGAGUAAUAUAAACUAGGGAUUAUUUACAAAAAUGUUCACAUUCUUUAAAAUGUUUUAAAUUACAAAUUAUGUAAUACAGACAUACCUACGUCCGAUUUUAAUAUACGAUAAUGUUAAAAUGAUUAAGUUGGGGACGUCUGGCAUCUGAUUGCAUUAUUGCUAUAACGUGUUUUUAAGAUUGCUUAAAUUAACGGAGGUGAAAGUAAUUUUUGCUAUUUGUUUUCCCAUUCAAGUUAUAUGGGCUUUAAGUUGGUCUAAGUCAUCUCAUUUUGUCAUCCCAAUCCAAUACGAGUUCAAAUAAACGAAUUUCAUUUUA